CGUCGCGUGUUUCUAUUACCAUACGCACUCCCUUCUACUUGCAUGGUAUCAAUUACAAUAAUUACCAAGGUCUUUGAAUGGGUGUGAGGAAUCAAUAAAGCUUGCGAUCCAACCUAGGCCUUGGGGGAGAGUCCCCUUUGUCGCCGUCAAAAUGGGUAUUCAAGGGCUACUACCCUUGUUGAAGUCGAUUCAGAAACCGAUAGAAUUGAAGAAGUAUCAGGGAGAGACAUUUGGAGUUGACGCCUAUGGUUGGCUCCAUAGAGGUACUGUAUCAUGUGCCGCCGAGCUUGCUCAAGGCAAGCCCACCCGCAAAUAUGUGGACUUUGCAAUGGGCCGAGUCAAGAUGCUCCAGCAUUUUGGCAUUACACCAUACCUAGUCUUUGACGGCGGCUACCUCCCUAGCAAAGCCUCAACCGAGGCGUCUCGUGAAAGACGCCGAGAGGAAUCUAAGAAGGCCGGUAUCGAACUUCUCAAUGCAGGCAAAGCAGCAAACGCUCAAGCAUAUCUCCAAAAGGCUGUCGAUGUCACUCCGGAGAUGGCCCGACACCUAAUCGAAGAAUUAAAGAAAGUCGGAUUACCCUACGUGGUAGCACCAUACGAAGCCGAUCCCCAACUGGUUUACUUGGAACAACAAGGACACAUCAGUGGAAUUCUUUCAGAGGAUUCUGACCUUCUCGUGUUCGGUGCCAAACGGCUUUUGACCAAACUUGAUCCGUAUGGGAGGUGUAUCGAGAUCAAUCGUCGCGAUUUCUGCGCUUGUCGCGAGGUGUCUCUAACGGGUUGGACAGACAGUCAGUUUCGUCAGAUGGCUAUCCUAAGUGGUUGUGAUUAUCUCGCGAGCAUUAACAAUCUUGGGUUAAAGACUGCGCAUAGGAUGCUACGCAAGCACAAGACGCCUGAUCGAGUUGUUCGCAUGUUGGAAUUCGAUGGAAAAUAUCGGGUUCCGCCUGGUUACCUGGAAAUGUUUCGCCAAGCUGAACAGACCUUCCUAUACCAGUGGGUGUUUUGCCCGAAAGCCAACGAACUAGUUCAUUUCAGCGACCCUGGUCCGGACAUCAAAGCACAUGAGCUUCCAUUCAUUGGCCCAUUCAUUGAACCAGAAGUUGCUAGAGGCAUUGCAGUCGGCGAUGUGAAUCCUAUCACAAAGCUACCGAUUGUACUUAUGCCCCGUCCUUCUCCACGGAAACGGACGGCAUCAGGCGGAACUCCCGCUAUCUCACAACAGACAAGGGUGCCCCCAGAGAAACCCAUUGAUUCUUACUUCAAGGGUCACCGACGAAUUCCGCUUGGUGAAAUGGAUGCAAAUUGCUUCACAGUGAACCCUGCACGUUUAUCCACUCUAACAGAUAAUGGGAAUCGACCAAUCGUGUACCCUCUUCCUCGACCAUAUGUUCAAGAGGAUCGCCGAGCGUCUUCUGUAAACCCGCGCAAUUAUAUAUCCCGCCCCGAAAACUCAUCUCGUACUCUGCGACGUCGAACUGAGCCGGUGUCUAAUCUUCUCAACAACGCCGGUCAACUUGCGCCAAGCGCACCACAACGUCAAGCCACCGAGGCAGGAACCAAUGCCGCGAGUAACUUGCAAAAUAUUGGUACCAAUCCCACUCGACCGUCUAAGAAGGCACGUCUAUGCGACGAUGGCAGCUCGGGGCUAAGCCCCAGUAAGAAGAGCAAGUUUUUUUCGGCAAAAAGUACGAGCAAUACGGGUGGUAAACAGGGCCUUGGCUAUCUAAUGUCCGACGACUCUAUCGAGGAGGCUCUGAUAGACCUGCCAGAUGUCGGUGGCUGGGGGAAAUCGGUCAAGGGGCAGAAGGAAGUGGCCGUUUAUGAGGAGGAACAAUCAGCCAAUAUUGAACUGUCUAAGGAUGACACCAAGGAGGAGUCGACUUCGAGCAUACUGAGUAGUUCGGGCAUUGUGGAGCGAUACGCAUACAUGCCAAGUAGCUCACUUAACUUGUCGACCAAUGGACACAGCCAACCACGACGCCAAAGCAGCUCUGCUUCUCGCAGGAGUUCGCUUAUUGAUCUGACCCCAACAUCCUCUGUCACGACUUCUACCCCGUUUAGCUCAACUAAUUAUCCAUCGACGGCCAAGACGACACCGGGUACGACACGCUUAACACCUCUUGAGCGACUCGGUAUCCAGGCUUUGGGCCGUAAUAAGCAACCUUCGACACCAACAUUCACGGCACCCCGAUCCGUGAAACGCUCUAGCUUGGGACGACCCAGUCUCGAUUCGCUGCCGAUUAAUCCGGCAUUUGUGCCUCUACCACCGGUAGAUUUAGAGGAGGUGGAGGCAUUGCAUCAGCCUCUCGGCAGCGAGGACAUGAUACUACCCGAGAAUGAAGAUGAGGACUUAGAGGUAGAUGAGGGUCAGGAGAACGUGGGGGAAGGGAAAAGGAGGAGAGGCGGAAAGAAGAUAGACUUGUCAAAAUUCCUUUUCGCUUAGUCGACAAGUCUCUUUCUAGACCGCACCGGGUAUCAAUGUGUCACCUUGCUUCAUAAUAGACAAUGCACAUUAGGUACGAUAUGCACUUUACACACCGGUUCGCGAGGGAAUAGAGGGCGCACAUCGGUCUUCAUCAGCAUGGCGCUGGAGUUUAAAUUUUAAGGGUGGCGACGGAGUUAAAAGGCGUCCUGCAAGAGUCCUUAUGAGUUCUCCGGAUCAGGAACAAAAAGGGCCAUAAAGUCAAGCACCUAUGCAAGAUAUCCUCACAGGGAACAUGAGAAGCAAAUUAAGACGCAUAUCAAUUAUAAGGAUUGCAAAUACAUACAUGCUCUGAUUGCUACUUGAUAUUCUCCGGGUUGAUUGUAUGGAUGGGUGUACUCUGCGUAGUUUGUCAUUAUAUGACUAACUAAACGUUUUUAACAUGAUAUCUAAGGCGUUUGAUUCAAGCUUAAAACUGCAAAUAGGGGUAUAUCAUCCCUUAAGUACGUACAUGUAAGUUG